GCCAGCUUCGGCCCACUAUGGCGUGUUUAUGUGUUCGUGCCAAACGUGUGCACGUGCAGCUUCCAUCGUACCAGGGGCCGUCCCUACACCACCAUCCUGCUCUUUUUCUACUUUUUUGUCGGUCUGGGGUGUGUGGGUGCUUUCUACCUCCUCAUUUACAGACGUGUCAAGAUUGCCUCGCAAGCUCUGCUUCGCUACAGGUUCAGCCGCCGGUCCUCCAGAAAGAAACCAGCUUCUUCCACACAAGGGACUGAUGACAGUGGUGUGGAGAGUGGUAUGGCCAACACAUGUAGCUGUGAGAUAAGCAGCCAGGCGGAUCUAGCCCAAAAUAAGGAUGAAAUCGCCUGUGAAAAGAACUCUGCCAAGGCUUCAAAUUCCUCAGCAGCCAGCAAGUCUUCCCCUGAUAUCAUCCCUACAUCACCUUUACCUACACCUGCUCCCACCACUGCAGCGUCCACCGCCCACUCAGCAACUUCAGGAGACGACGGUGAAUUUAAGCGUGUGACACGAAUGUGCUUUACUGUUUUUCUGUGCUUCGUGUUCUGCUUUGUCCCCUUCCUGUUGCUCAACAUAGCCGACAAACAUAACCGCGCCCCGCAGGUACUGCACAUGUUCUGUGCGAACCUCACCUGGCUCAACAGCUGUAUCAACCCCAUGCUCUAUGCUGUUAUGAACCGGCAGUUUCGACAGGCCUACCAUGUUCUGCUCACCAGGGCUGUUACGCCAUUCACCUGCCUCUGGACCUGGUGCUCAACUCCGAGAUCCUGAAGCUUAAACUUGUCGGAUGUUUCUCCUGAUAUAAGCUCAGUAUAUUAUUCUCAUGAAAUACAAGAUAUGAAAACAGAUGGAAAAGAAGGGAAGGAGUAGCUCUCAUUAAGUGAACUAAAGCACAGGUUGAAUUUGACCAUUUCACUCAUGUUGCAUUACCAACAUUUCAGACUUUUCCAUUCAGUUUACAACAUCUAUGUUUCACGCUGUUGUGCUCAUUCCUAUGUUUGUA